AUGCCGGGCUGCCGCAUCAGCGCCUGCGGCCCGGGGGCCCAGGAAGGGACGGCCGAGCCGGGGUCGCCGCCGCCGCCGCCCCGGGAGCCCAUGCCGUUCUCUCAGCCCCCGCCCCCAACUCCGACCUUGACCCCUACCCCGACCCCAGGUCAGUCCCCGCCGCUGCCGGACGCAGCCGGGGCUUCGGCAGGCGCGGCCGAAGGCCAGGAGCUGCAGCGCUGGCGCCAGGGCGCUAGCGGGGUCGCGGGGCUCGCCGGUACCGGAGGGGGCUCUGGCGCGGCGGCGGGGACAGGGGGCCGCGCGCUGGAGCUGGCCGAAGCACGGCGACGGCUGCUGGAGGUAGAGGGCCGCCGGCGCCUGGUGUCGGAGCUGGAGAGCCGCGUGCUGCAGCUGCACCGCGUUUUCUUGGCGGCUGAGCUACGCCUGGCGCACCGCGCGGAGAGCCUAAGCCGCCUGAGCGGCGGCGUGGCGCAGGCCGAGCUCUACCUGGCGGCUCACGGGUCGCGCCUCAAGAAGGGCCCGCGCCGCGGCCGUCGCGGCCGCCCCCCAGCGCUGCUGGCCUCGGCGCUGGGCCUGGGCGGCUGCGUGCCCUGGGGUGCCGGGCGACUGCGGCGCGGCCACGGCCCCGAGCCCGACUCGCCCUUCCGCCGCAGCCCGCCCCGCGGCCCCGCCUCCCCCCAGCGCUGA